AGACAGCUUUAUAUAAAACGCUUUAAUAAAAAGGGAUAACAUCGCGAACCGGUACCUACAUAAUUUAUCUAAUUUAAGUAGUCAAUUUUAUUUUACAACUGACUGUUUUAUUUGACGGUGACCGUUGCUUUGAAAAAGUUUCGUUUACCCGAAUGCUUGUUGUGAACUAAAUACGCGAGAAAUAGUAUUUUUAGUGAAGUUACAUUUUAGACGUGACAAUGAAGUCGGCAAAAUCUAAACAGAGACUGAACGAAAUGCGAACGCCGGCUCGAAGUAAGCAAAAUCUAGUGAGUGGAGAUCGUGAUCCUGUCUACGUAUUUUGCCGUCUUCGACCUAUGCAAAGGGAUGCUGAUGUGCCUUGUGUAAAGAUAUUAUCCCCUACUACAGUUCUAAUGUCCCCACCAUCAACUGCAUUGAGUUAUAGAAAUGAAAAUAACAAAACGAUGAAGUACACUUUCAAGGAAGUAUUCCCGCCCGAAACUUCUCAACAAGAAGUUUUUGAUAAAGUAGCUUUGCCAUUAGUGGAAGGUUUGAUCAAAGGAAAAAAUGGUCUACUAUUCACUUACGGUGUUACUGGCAGUGGAAAGACAUUUACCAUGACGGGAGAGCCAAACAACUGUGGCAUAUUGCCACGGUGUUUAAACAUAAUUUUUAAGACGAUUAACGACUAUCAAGCACACAAAUACGUGUUUAAACCAGAUAAAAUGAAUAUGUUCGAUAUUCAAACCGAGGCUGAAGCCAUGUUGGAAAGACAACAGGAGUUGCACAAAUUUAAAAGUGGAAGAAAAAAUAAUUCAAAUCCUGAUUUGGCUAUGUCAUCCACAGAUAUCACAAAAAUUGAAGGGCUCAAUGAAGAUAAUCAAUAUGCUGUUUUCGUAACAUAUGUUGAAAUCUACAACAAUAGUGUCUUUGAUUUAUUGGAAGAUGGUCCACCGAUAACUAAAAAUUUACCUGUGAAAAUAAUUCGAGAAGAUGGGUCUCAUAACAUGUAUGUACAUGGUGUGACUGAGAUAGAGAUAAAGUCUGCUGAUGAAGCGUUUGAUGCUUUCUAUCUUGGUUUGAAACGAAAAAGAAUGGCACACACAAAUUUAAAUGCCGAAUCAAGUAGAAGCCAUUCAGUGUUCACAAUUAGACUGGUGCAGGCACCAGUAGAUGCGGAAGGUGAAGCUGUGAUACAGAAUAAGAAAUUUCUUUCAGUUAGCCAACUAAGUUUGGUUGAUUUAGCUGGCAGUGAAAGAACAAAUAGAACUAAGAAUACUGGACAGAGAUUAAGGGAAGCAGGUAAUAUAAACAAGUCUUUAAUGACACUCAGAACAUGUCUUGAACUUUUAAGAGAAAAUCAGAUCAGUGGUGCUAAUAAUAUGGUUCCAUACAGAGAGUCAAAGAUCACUCAUCUGUUUAAAAAUUUCUUUGAAGGCGAAGGUCAAGUACGUAUGAUUGUUUGUGCUAAUCCAAGAGCUGAAGAUUACGAUGAAACACUUCAGGUUAUGAGGUUUGCUGAAUUAGCUGCUGAAGUAGAAGUCACUAAGGCACAAGUUACAGACAUUGGUGCAACUAUUGGUCUUAUGUCUGGUAGACGUAAAGCUAAUAGAUUAUUUACAACAGCAAAGGAAAAUUUGGCUAGACCUGAAGCAAGGGAUCUAGAAUUAGAUUUAGGACUGGUUUACAGCCUGGGGCCAGAUUUCCCCAAUUUAGAACUGAAGAGUGCACAAGCUGCUCAUAUUACUAAGGAAUUAAUGGCUCAUUUAGAAAUGAGAAUUAAUAGGAGAGAAGCAUUAAAAAGAAGUAAGGCUUUAAAAGAUGAAAGGUUUAGGUCUUCAUUAUUGGAAUUAGAAAAAGAAACAUUAGAAUUAAGAAGUGAAAACCUAUCUUUACGUGGGCAGUUGAAUGCUGCAGAACAAAGGAUAAGAGCUUUGGAGGACCGUCUUACAGCUACUGAAAAUGCAUCAUUAACUAAUCAAAGAAAGUUAACUGAGAUUACUGAAUACACAUCACAAUUGAAAAGAGAGUUACAAGAAAAAGAUCUGCUAUUAAACCAGAAUAAAUUAGAAAAAGAAAAGCAAAAGAAGAUUCUGGAACGAAAAUAUAACAAUAAAAUUGCUGCCGAACAUGAAAAAGCUAGAGAGAUCCAUUCUGAGAAUGAGCGAUUGAAAAAUGCUAAGAAGGAGCAGGAGAAGAUACUGAUGGUCAUAGACCAAGCUCUAAAAGGUGAUCGCGGAGAUAAUGUUGAUUAUCCAAAGAGUACAGGCGAUGUGGCAGCUCAGACCACCCGAGACUUUACACCUGGGUCAACGCCGAGAGCACUUCCUGCUCACUUGUUAACACCAUUCAGUGCAGCUCAGACUAGAGACACUCCAGCUUCGUCACGUCGCGGUAUCGCAGUUGCGAACCCCAGACAUAGACGAUCCUUGUCCGCAGAUGGUCGAGGAUGGGUGGAGCAUGCUCCUAACAAGAUAGUUCCAAUGGGUACAGUCAUGAAGCCAAGUAUAGUCAACAGCAAAAUUGUUAACAAACUUAAAAGUGUUAAGGACAUUGCUAAUUCGAAGACUUCCAAGUAUUGUUUGAUAUCACAAGAGCAGGAUACAGAUGGAGAGCUAGAGACUAAACUUUAUAAAGGUGAUGUUGUACCCACUUGUGGUGGUGGAGCUCAAGUUAUAUUCAAUGAUGUUGAGAUGCUUAAACAGUUUUCUCCUACAAGAGAAUCAAACCAGUCGAACCGUACUUCUGGGCCUUCCUGUGCUCGGCACUCCAGCAAGAAAAGAGAUACAACUCAUUCUCCCCCACAGACACCAUCCAAUGCAAGUAAAAAGCAAAGAAUAAUAAUGUUAGAUGACGAUUAAUUUAAUUUAAUUUUUUGACUAAUUGUAACACAUUAAUACACAUAAUAUCAAUUUCUUUUUGAGUAUAAUGUACAAAUUAUGUACCUUUGAUUGCUUAAUUUAUAAGUUUCUGGGCAUUAUGCCUUUAAAGUGUCUAUUAUUCAAUCAUAAUUGUAAAGUUCUUGUAUUGUUGUAUAAUUAAAUGUCUUAAAAAUAUUUUUAUUGUAUUGGUAUUUGUAGAUAAUUUUUUUUUUUUAUACAACUUAGAAUGGCAAACAAGCUGACGGUCUACCUGAUGGAAAGUGAUAACCGUCGCCUAUAAACAU